UAUAGAACAGUCAAAUAUCACUAUAUAUAAUCGAAUUAGUAUGAGGUACAGUUGCAAGUGUCUACCGUGGUUUAUAAUGUCGCAAGGCUGGUUAUAUAAAUAGUACUAAAUAUGUCGUUGUAAACAAACGCGACACGUCUGAUUCAAAAUAAUUAUAAGGAAGAACAAGAAGAGAGAUAGGUCAUUAUGGUAUCGUUUAAAACUCAACAAGUUAUAAGAAUGAAAAUAUGAAAAUCCUAUGUGUGGCAGAAAAGCCUUCAAUAGCAAAAGAAGUCAGUAAGAUACUAAGUGGAGGACGAUUUCAAGUACGAAACUCCCAAAAUAAAUACAUCAAGAACUAUGAUUUCAAGUUUAGUUUCCCGAAUCAGGCAAAUUGUGAUGUUACUAUGACUUCAGUAGCAGGUCAUUUAAUCAAUAUAGACUUUCCACCAUCUUUUCAAUGGGGUAAAUGUGUACCAGGGAAAUUAUUUGAUGCAGCUGUAAUUGAAAAAGUGUUGAAACAAGAUAUAUUUGAUAAUAUAUCGAAAGAAGCUAGAAAUUCUAACAAAUUAAUGAUAUGGACUGAUUGUGAUCGAGAAGGAGAAUAUAUUGGUUAUGAAAUAUUCAAGGCUGCCAAUAAAGGGAAUAGACAAAUAGAAGUUGGAGAUAUUUGGAGAAGUAAAUUCAGUCAUCUAGAAAGAAAUCAUGUACUACGAGCCGCUAAUAAUCCUAUCAAAUUAGAUUUGAAAGCAGUUGAUGCAGUUUCGUGCAGAAUGGAAAUCGAUUUAAGAGUUGGAGCAAGUUUUACAAGAUUAUUAACUGAAGGUUUGAAGCUGAAACUGAUCAUUGAUAAAGGUGAUGUUGCAUCGUAUGGAACUUGUCAAUUCCCCACAUUAGGAUUUGUUGUUGAUAGAUAUAAACGAGUAAAGAAUUUUACUCCUGAGCAAUUUUGGUAUAUUCAAGUUGACUUAGAAAAAGAUGAUGUUAAAUGUAAUUUCAAUUGGACUAGAGGUCAUUUUUUCGAUCGUUUGCAUGUCAUGAACUUAUAUCAAGAAUGUUUAAAACAUAAAGAAGGUAAAAUCAUAAAAUUGGAACAAAGACGUACUACUAAUUGGCGUCCAUUACCCUUGACAACUGUUGAGUUACAAAAGGAUUGUUCAUCAAUUUUUAAGAUGAGUGCCAAAGAUGCACUUGGAGCUGCUGAAAAAUUAUAUAAUAGAGGGUUUUUGUCUUAUCCAAGAACGGAGACUGAUAAAUUUCCAGCUUCAUUUGAUUUCAAGACUAUCUUUGGAAGACAAAAAUCUGAUCCUCGUUGGGGAAAUCAUGCUACAGAACUAUUUGAUAAUGGAUAUGAAAAUCCUCGUGCUGGUAAGCAUGAUGAUAAUGCGCAUCCUCCAAUCCAUCCUGUUAACUAUGUCAAUAUUAAUGAAUUAGCUGCCGAUGAGAAGAAAGUAUAUGAAUAUGUGGUCAGAAGAUUUUUAGCUUGUUGUUGUAAAGAUGCUGUAGGACAACAAACAACUGCUACGUUAAAAUGGGGUAUUGAGCUCUUCACUGCCAAUGGUUUGAUGGUGACUGAAAGAAAUUACUUAGAUGUUUAUCCAUAUAAGAAAUGGGAGAGUUCAAAACAAUUGCCUAAGUUUCAACAGGGUGAUAUGGUAUCAAUCAAAAAUGGUGUUAUGAAAGACGGUAAAACAUCACCACCCAAUCAUAUGACAGAAGCAGAAUUGAUUUCGCUAAUGGAUAUUAAUGGAAUCGGAACAGAUGCUACUAUAGCAGAACAUAUUGAAAAGAUUGUUCUGAGAAGUUAUGUUGUUAAACAGAAAAAGGGUAAGGUAGAGUAUAUUAUCCCAACUCCGUUGGGAAUGGGGCUUAUUGAAAGUUUUGAUAAAAUGCAUUUUGAUAAUAUUUCAUUAUCGAAGCCAUUCUUAAGAAAGAAGUUAGAACUUUCUUUAGAUCAAAUAUCUAAAGGUGAAACCACGAAAGAAACUGUUCUUGAAGAUAUGAAGAUGUUAUAUCGACAAGCUUAUAGUAUAAGUAACCAAAAUAUGGUGAAUUUGGUUGACCAUUGUAAAACUGUUAUCCAAGCUAACUCGUGAUAAUCUGUAAUAUAAUAUAUAUUCAAUUUAGAAGAAAUUUGCAACCGUAAUUGUAUAAAUAAUUUUGAGCUAUGUACACGAAAUCACACAAAC